AUGCUUAACCGGAACCAAUCUACUUAUUCUAAUCGCUAUCAGCCACAACAACACUCUGUAUCACCACCGCCGUUGCAACAUCCAAUUCCAACUCACCCGCCAAUUCAAAUGCGCGAUCCGCCAACGUCUUCACCUUCACCACCAACACAACAACACUUACAUAAUGCAAACAUAUGGCCUCUAAAUGAUGCAACAACACAAAUGGGAGUGGAUUUUGGACGUACGGCGUUGUCAGCUGGAACCGAAUAUGUCGAGCAAAAGCAAUGGACUCGCCUUGUAAUACGAUCCGAACAAAAUGGUCAGUUGGAAGGAUUUAAACCACCCAGAGAUGAUCUCAAUUCACCAGAUUUAUAUAUCCCAGGUAUAUUAUAUCGUGCAUAUAUAAUUCAAUGUCACGAAAUUAUUGGGAUAGUCUCAGGAGCUCAAGGCAACAAAUUUCAUCCAGAAGUUUUAGGAGUUAAUGCUACUUCUGCAUUUUUUCUUGUGUUAUUAGAAUUGGCAUUCAUUAAAGUAGGAUGUUAUUUGUUGAAUAUUACGUCGGAUACUUAUAUAUUAAAUUUACUAGCAUACUCUGGAUAUAAAUUUGUUGGUGUUAUUGUUACUUUGGCCGUUUCUUUGAUAGCACCUUUUUGGUUUGUUGUUAGCACAUUCGUUUACACUGCUUUCGCUAACGGGUUUUUCUUGUUACGAUCACUUAGACAAGUUGUAUUUCCUGAUGCCAGUACUGCUGUCAAUAUUCAAUAUCGUCAAAAAAGAAAAAGAGUACAUUUUCUUUUUUUGGUCGCGGCUCUACAAGUUGUCUUUAUGUAUUUACUUGUAAGAUAA